AUGAAGCUGUUUCCCACAGCAUUAGGAGGCCUGUUGAUUUUCCUGCAGUCCUCCGCAAUGGCGUACCCCCCAGAGAACCUGCGCUGUGUCAUGUACCUGACCGGUCAACAUCCCAAUGUGCCUUCCAAGGAGCUGGUGUCUCACAUCACCCACGUGGAGUUGGCCUUUAUGAAUUCUGACACCUUCAACAAAGACGUCGCAGAAUGGCCGCUUUUCACCACCGUAGAAAAGGUCCGUACCCAGUUCAGGCCUGGUACUAAGGUCAUGGUCGCCAUUGGCGGCUGGAGCGAUACCAAGGGUUUCGACACUGCUGCCCGUACUCCAGAGUCGCGGAAGAAAUGGGCCCAGAAUGUGGCCGACAUGGUCAAGGCCACAGGUGCUGACGGCAUCGACAUGGACUGGGAAUACCCGGGUGGAAACGGUGAGGACUACAAGAACAACACCAACGAGGAGAAAAAGUGGGAAAUCGACGCCUACCCGUUGCUCCUUGAAGAAGUCCGUAGACAGCUUCCCAAGGAUAAGCUUAUAUCAGCUGCGACUCCUGGUCUUGAGCGUGACAUGAUUGCCUUCACAAAGGAAACUGUCCCGCGCAUCGAGCGCGCUCUCGAUUUCGUUAACGUCAUGACUUACGACAUGAUGAACCGCCGAGACAACGUUACGAAGCACCACACCGGCUUGGAACUGUCCCGAAUCGCCGUCGAAAACUACAUGGCUCGGGGAGUUCCUGCCCAUAAGAUCAAUCUCGGCUUUGCCUUCUACACCAAAUGGUUCAAAACAACCGACUGCCCUGAAGGCCAGGAGGUCGGUUGUCCAACACCGUUGAUGGAGGACCCCGUUACCGGCGGUGACCUAGGCCAGACCGGAGGCUUCAGUUGGAAUGACGGAGUCCCAGAGGAGGUCAAGGGGUCGUUUGAGCGGGCCCAAAAAGAUGGCAAGUAUGACGAGAAGGGUGGUGGAUACUACUACUUGGACAGGGCCGAAAAGCGAUGGUGGACGUACGAUAACCGCGAUGCUAUCCUCCGCAAGUUCCCCGCUCUCGUCGAUCGCAUGCGGCUCGGCGGUGUCUUUGCCUGGGGUUUGGGAGAAGACGGUCCCAAUUAUGAGAGCCUCAAGGCCGUCAACGAAGGGCUGGCGCAGCGAAGUGGCAGAGGAGGGGUAUGGUGGCCUGGUCCGCCACGUGAGGCUGAUGAGCUGUAG